UAUGCGACUUCGACUUCCUCAUAAUACAUCCAUGGCUUCCAUAGCUUCCUCAGACUGAACUCGUGUGUUAGAAAAUUGAACGUAAAGUUAAAUUGGACUGUGUAACGUUAACGGCAUGGAUGUGACGGAGGCGAACGAGGAGAGUUUUGCAGUAGAUGUUAUCCUUCCAGAGGGCGGCAAGACAGCGCCGUGUUGUCCUCAUGGUCCAGCUCUGCUCUUUGAGAAAGUCAGCAAAGGAGGAGAGAAAGGCAGGAGGUUUUUUGCCUGCUCAGCCUGCAGAGACAGGAAAGACUGCAACUUUUUCCAGUGGGAGGAUGAAAAGGUGUCAGAGGCCAGGCUUCUGGCCAGAGAAGCAGAGAACCAGUCAAAGAGACCUCCGUUCACCCAGCAGGAGUACUGCAGCAGGUUCAGAAAGUUUGCCUCCCUCCCUCUUGAUGAGAAGAAGUUCUGUCAGGAUUGUCAGAUUCUGCUCCUACCAAGAGACCACGAGGCCCACACCUCGCACAGGUCCACGGCUGUCACGGCAGCUCAGCUAAGAAGGCCCAGCGUGCUGCUGCGUCCUCUGGACAACAAGAAGAGCAAUGCCCAGUACCUGUUCACCGACCGCAGUUCCCACUUCCUGCUGGACACCCUGGCUGCGCUGGGAUACAGGAAGGUGCUGUGUGUGGGCACACCCAGACUUCAGGAGCUGAUCAAGCUGCGAAACCUGGAGCAGAAACAUGAGCCGAUCAAGAGUCUGCUGUUGGACAUUGACUUCAGAUAUGCUCAGUUCUACAGCCGGGAUGAAUUCUGUCACUACAACAUGUUCAACCAUCACUUUUUUGAUGGAGAGGCCUCCAGCAAUGUCCUGCAGUCCUUCCUCUCAGAGUGUGACGGGCAGAAGGUGGUGAUGGUGGCUGACCCUCCUUUUGGUGGCCUUGUGAAGCCUCUGGCCAACAGUUUCUCUCUGAUCUCACAGACAUGGAGGAAGCUGCAAAGUUCUGACGGCAGUGAUGCUGACAUGCCCAUGAUGUGGAUCUUCCCAUAUUUCUUUGAGCCUCGAAUCCUGGAGUGUCUGCCCUUAUUCACCAUGCUGGACUACCAGGUAGACUAUGACAACCAUCCUUUAUAUAAACAUGGGAAGACGGGCAGGAAGCAGUCUCCUGUCAGAUUUUUUACCAACAUCUCACCAAAGGAUGUGGUCCUGCCCCAAGACGAGGGCUACAGGUUUUGCUCUGUUUGUCAGAGAUUUGUCUCUUCCCUCAACAAUCACUGUUCUAAAUGCAACAUCUGCCCAUCCAAGGAUGGCAGAGAAUGGAAGCAUUGCUCUGCAUGUCAGAAGUGUGUGAAACCAUCGUGGAAACACUGCCAGCCGUGCGGCCGCUGCGCCCUCCUAGACCACCCAUGUGGUCAGGGUCAGGGAAAGGAGGGCUGCUUCAACUGUGGCAGCCUGGGGCACAAACACAAAGGCUGCCCUCUCAAAGACACACACAGGAACAGCAGGCAUCGCUCCAAUGCCAAGAGUGGAGGCAAACAGGUAUCCCAUCAUCCCCUGUCAAAGCAUAAAGCUAAGAGGAAGUCUGGAGCAGCUCGUAGGGCCAAGAAGAUCGCAGCUUUAUCAAAGUGAUGUUCAUGCACUAUCCUGUCAGAAAUCACAGCUCACCUCAGACCACUGUUCUAACACUGUUGGCAAUGGCAGCAGAAUAAAAAGGAACAUAAAGAGAAUUUGCCCGUAUUUUCUAUUAAAAGUUGGUAUGUAUUCUGUAUAUGGCAGCCUUUUUAAUCUUCUCUUAUUGUGUCUUU